UGGUAACAAAACUAUAUAAACAUGAACUUUGGCAAACAUGUGCGUUUAUUUAAAUGCGAAGAAAUAACGGUGUGACUUUAUCAUUGCAGGAUUAGUUCUAUGAAUAAAUUUCGAAGAUGUCUUCUGAACCAAGCACAUCUACUGAUUCUUCCCUGCUGUAUUCUGAAUAUGUACACUCGGAUCCUGUCGAACGAGUUGUAGAAGCUGCAGACAAUAAGAAAAAAGAAAAACCGGUAAUAAAGUUUACUAAAAGCUUAGUGCUUGCAAGAGUUAUUGGUCUUCUAUCUGCUUUCAAGGAAAGCGAAAAGGAAUUGAAAAAGAAGCCUGAAAAGGAACGCAAUAUUGAAAUAUGCGAAGAAGGUGCUCCUGUAGUCGAAAUGGAUGUUGCAGUAUUAAAAGAACCUACUGAUGGUGAAUCAUCAACAACUGUAAAGUGUGUAGAUACUUCUAGCGAUUCCAGUGAUUCUGACAGUGAUGAAAAUACCAAUCUACCUGAAUGUUUUAGUAAUAUUUUUGAAAAAGAUGCAUCCGAUCCCAAAGUAUUCCGAUUAGUGACUGCAGAAUCUAAAGAUUCUGAAUCGUCAAGUAGUUCUUCAGAGGAAGAGGUUUGUAAACCUUCAGAGGAUUUAAAAUCUGAAAACAUUGUAGUAGACACUGUAUUAACAAAUUCUGAAUUAGAACAACCUCCUGCAAAGAAAAUUUGUGUUAUGUAAUAAUGCUACUAUAAGUUAUUCAUAUUUGUAUAUUUUGUGUUCAUAAAAGGAAAAGUUUCAUUGUAAAUAAAAAAAUGAAAUAAACUUUUCUUUAAAAUUGUUUUUUAAAGUAACAACUUAUUUCUAUAUUUAAUGUUGUUUGUUGCUGAUCAAUAGCUGAUUUAGGAAUUUCGCAGCACUAAACGGUACAUACUAAGAGGCCACUUUUCUAAAAAAAAAAACCUGUUUAAUUUGGGUUAAUAAUUCAGAAUUUUUUUAUUUAAUAUGUUAAUGAAUUAUUUAGGUUAAUUUUUAUUUUUGUAACUUCCAGAAAGUAUAUAUAUAUUUAUUAUAGCAUCUGCAUUUGUAUAAAAAAAUUACUUAGACUCUUGUUGUUUAUAAAUAUUAUAAUAAUAAAGUGAAUGUAAUGAAACAAAUAGGAACCUGAUCAAUUGUAUUUAAUUAGUGUUAUUAUCCUAAUAUUUUAUAAUUCAUAUAAUUUGUAUUUGUUAUGAAUUUAUUUAUUUGGUCAUGAGACUAAUAAUAAUUUUUCAUUUGAUUGCCUACAGUCUUCAUACUUCCAUAAUUUUCAUACAUCAUGAUAAACCUAGGUAGUCAGAAAAUCUUUUUGACCUACCCCCUCCCGCCACACACACUAUUUAUAGUUCCUGUCAUUAUAAAUUAGUUAUCUGUUGUAUGAUGUAUUGCCAUGUUUAUGAAUUUUAUAAAUCUUUUGCUAUGAUCAGUAUAGAUUUUUUUUUUUAAGCAUGAAUUUGGAUUACAUAUGUCAUAAAGAAAUUGUGACAAUUUUCAUCAUUUUUUUCCCCCUUUUAAGAAUUUGCUCAAAAUGCAGUUCACCAAAAAUAACUUUUAUAUCCGGUUUCUGUAUAAAAUUGCCCCCCCCCCCUGUUCCUUCUUAAGUUUGAAGAAAUCAUAUUAAGCACAUCUGGAGCUUUUCACUUAAAUUAGUUUCAUAGAAAUAAUUGCCUAUUCUUUAAUUUUAAAACAUACUUUGCCAUAUAUUGGAGUUUGUCUUUUAUUUUAAGGGUUAGAAGAAAUAUUGAAAUGUUGUUAAACCUUAUUUUAUGAAUAUUAUUACGCCAUUGUUUUGUAUUAAAUGAUCCUUAUUUGCAUAAAACGUCCAGCAACAUUGUUACAGAAUCUCCAUGAUAGUGUCUAGUAUUCAAAAUAUUGAACAAUAUCUUGUGCUAACAUGGAAGAUAGGAGAAAUUUAUUUUUUACCAGGAUAUCUUGGUUUGUUGUUUUAGGCACAAGCUGUGCAAGUAAAAAGUUUUGAAUAGAUAUUGAACAUAUUCAAAAUAUCGCAUAAUAUCUUAUGCUAACAUGUAAGGUAGAAAUUUGUUUUCUACCUGGUUAUUUUGGUUUAUUGUCUCCUGUACAACUUGCACACGGCCCUAUUUAGAUAAAAAGUUUUGAAUAGAUCUCUUGAGCAUGUAUCUGGAUUUAAUGUUUCAUACUAUUGCUCCCUUUUGUUAGCAAAUUUAAGAAUUCCCACUUUU